GUUUAUUAUUGGAAUUUAUUCAAAACAUUUAGAAAAGAUACUUUAAAAGAAGGAUUUCACAGCCGAGGCGUCUUGCACUGUUAGCAUUGUUUAGCAAACAAAUAAACAGAUUAAGUAAACUGAGUAUUAUGUUAUUCAUGGACAGAACGAAAGAUGAAAACGACUCGAGGCGAGGCAGAUGCACGCUAGACUUGAAGUCUGCAGCGUUUUGAAGAGAAGGUUGGUAUGUCUGGACCCACCUGGCUUUCCCCAAGAACUCUGGGUAGCUCAGAUAGAGCCACAGCACCAAUGUCACACACUGGCCCUGCCAUCUACAGACCACCCAAAAAAGGUCUGCCCGACCAGAUGCCCAUGUAUAGCAUGUAUGACCAAAAUGGUGGAACAGGAGGAAACGGUAUGCCUGUAAGAUACAUGGCCACUGGACCCUCAGGAAAUAUGCAGCACCAGCAUCAAGAUGAUCGCUCAGGGUCAACAGCUUAUCACCCAGGGGACCGAUACUACACUCCAGGCCAGGGGCCCAAAGAGGACCACCACACGUGGAGCCCCCAUCUGGCCAACCAUGAGCUUCAUAAUCGGGGAUCAGAGAAGCACAUCUCUGCUAUUGAUGCCGAAAUAGACUCUCUUACAUCCAUGUUGGCUGAUCUGGACAGUCACCCUCAGAACCCAAGCACACAGUUGUAUGACAAUGUGCCUUACAGCAACCACCUUUCUAUUGACCGCUAUAAUGCACCCAACCAGGCGGGACCCCCACCGCCAAGCAGGCCAGCUAUGGGCUACCCUCCACAACUCCAGGGCCAAUACCACCCGUCUCCACCUUACACCACUACACCUCAGCAAGAAUAUGCUUACCCCCCUCCCUCCUCUGGUGUCAACAGACCUUACCCACAACCAGUGCCUGCCUCUUACACAACCGCAUCCACCCCCACCGGUCCACGUUUUACUGUACAGGUUAAAACUGCCCAGCCAGUGACCUAUUCUCAGAGCGGGCGACAGGCAGAGCAGGCUUACACCCCACCGCCGCCCCGUCAGCAUGCCUCCCGCCCCCCUCAGCAAGACCGUCCGCAUUAUCCUGAUUCACAGGGGCAGGGCUGGUACCCACCUCCACCACCCCCUGCCCAGGAACCUCAUGGAGAUCCGUCACUCUAUAAAGGGGGAUCAGGAAAUAUGCCAGGUGGGAGACCUGGCCAGGGACCACCUGUAAAGAAAGGCCAAGAACAAGUCUCAGCAUAUCAGUCUAACAAGCAGGGGUCAGCACAACGGCCAGAAGAGGAGUUGGAUCGGCUCACUAAGAAGUUGGUCUAUGACAUGAAUCACCCCCCUACAGAAGAAUAUUUUGGCAGGUGUGCUAGAUGUGGAGAUAAUGUUUUGGGGGACGGCAGCGGGUGUAUUGCGAUGGAGCAGGUGUUUCACGUGGAGUGUUUCACCUGUAUCACCUGUCACGCCCGUCUGAGAGGCCAGCCCUUCUAUGCAUUAGACAAGAAGAGCUACUGCGAGAGCUGCUAUAUAAGCACACUUGAGCGCUGUUCAAAAUGUUCUGAGCCAAUCCUAGACCGGAUCCUAAGAGCAAUGGGAAAGGCUUACCACCCUCGCUGCUUCACAUGCGUAGUAUGUGGAUGUUGCCUGGAUGGAGUGCCUUUUACCGUGGAUGCCACCUCUCAGAUCCACUGUAUUGAUGACUUCCACAGGAAGUUUGCCCCCCGCUGCUCUGUAUGUGGGCAUCCUAUAAUGCCGGAGCCUGGACAGGAGGAGACCGUGAGGAUUGUCGCACUGGAUCGCAGUUUUCAUGUGAACUGCUAUGUGUGUGAGGAAUGUGGACUUCUUCUUUCCUCUGAGGGUGAGGGAAGAGGCUGCUAUCCCUUGGACGGUCACAUUUUGUGCAAGAGCUGCAGUGCCCGUCGCAUCCAAGACCUCUCUGCUAAAAUCUCCACUGACUGCUAACAUCCCUGUGCCGUCUCCUUUUAACCUUUCUAUAUAAUAGAUAUUAUUCGGAAUGUACCACUGUCUAAAAAUCAUCACCUGGUAUUUUUACAAGUUUUCGACUUUUAGAUGUCACACAGAUUUGAAGACCUCCCACUCAGGGAUGCAGUAAACUAAAAAAACAAUAGCUCUUGUUCUUAGAUUAGUUUCACUCAAGUUGUUUCCUUUAAGAAAAGGUGGUGAAUAUAAUGUGAUGUUAUAUUGCGUGCAUGGGUGUGCGUGCAUGUGUGUGCGUGUAGUUACAAAAUGUAUACAGAAUGAAAGUGUUUUGAACAGGGUACAUUUCUAGCAUUUGGAAACACAGUUCCUGCCAUUUAAGUUUUACAAUAUAAAAACUCUCACGGUUAACAUAGCUAGGCAAAGCUUAAUUUAGACUAUAGUUCCUAAGUUUUGAUGGCGACUGGGGUCAUUUUGCAUUGUCCCCACACUCUCAGAAAACACAAAGGGUACAAAAGUUGUCACUGGAACUCUGAACCUUUGAUGUAUCGGUAUGCAUCUCUAAGGUACUAGUAUGCACCUUUUAGUGUACCUUUUUUUGAGAGUUCACUCCGACCUCCAUUUGACUUCAUCUCCACUCUUAUCCUAUGCUGAGCACAAUAGUGUCCUGUACUCAUUAUUUUGACACUUGAAUCGUAUGAUUGUGGUUACUGAAGGAUAUUAUCACUGUAUUUCAUUUACUGAGUGAUUAUUAUGAUAAAAAGUUGGAAAUAUUAACAUAGGCAGCUCUUGGCUCUGAUAUUGUCGUUUCAACCAGCUUAGGUUAAUAUGAAUGCUUUGUCACCUUAAAACUAUUAUAAGCCAUAACCUGUUAAAUAGGAAUAAAGGGUUCGUGUAACAUCACCUCUUAAAUGAAGGAAAUCUCUUGACUUGAGAUAUUAGUUAGUUGUCAUGUAAAGUGUUGGGUGUACAGUAAACCUACUGUGUUAGAUCACUAAUAGGUUGAUGUAAAUUUGAAUAUUAAAUCCAGAUUGAAAAUGGUGCUUUUGAGCUGAUUUGUUGGUCUGAUUAGUAAAAGGGAGCGAUGGUUUAACUUGAGAACAGUAGUUGACGUUUGCAGCUGCUAGGGUAGAUAACUGAAUAAUGUGACUUAGAAUUUAUUCGAUUUGAUCAAAGUCUUGGUCAGUUUUAUUACUAAAUAUCUAUCCAUUAAUGACUAACAAAAGAAAAAUGGAAAAGUUGCUGAUUUUACCCAUAGUUACGUUGCUUUAAUUUGAUUGUUUGUUACAUUUAAACAAUGGUCAACAUUCAUCUGUUACCUGUCAAGGUGUCAAUCAAGGCUUUGAUUGUCUAAAAAAACUAUUUACGGUAUAAUGUUCAAAUGAACAGUGAAAGUUAUCCAGAAGCUAUAAGCACAAAACUGUUUAGGUGGCUGUGUGCUUUAUUUAUUGACUUGUUUGGUAUUAAGAUUGCUUCAUAAUAGAGUCCAUCUGAAAUAAUUUGCUGCCAAAAAUUGCUUUAUUGUGAAAAUCACUUUGCCACUUUGCUUACGUAUUUUUCCAACAUGUUAGAAAGCGUCCAACAACUCCCUCUAUGCUGUGGUGUUAUUUUGCUUUCCUUUGUGGAUUUUUGCCAGAAAGCAUUUUCUGAAACGGUUUUCAUCAUAGAUGAUUACUAAUUCAUAAGCAUCCCUGAUUUCAGGGCUGUUUUGGAUGAAUGUUGCAUUUAUUAUUUUUUUCUCUAAUAUUCAUAUUCAUAAGCACCCUGGUUUCAGGGUUUAUUGGAUGAAUGUUGCAUUUAUAUUUUUUUCUCUAAUAAUUGAUUUUACAGAGAGAAAAGGUGUUUUUCAUAAAUUCAUAUCUGUUUGUCCAGCAUGUUUUUUGUCCAAUGUAUUUGUACUUAACCAUGUUCUGAAAUAUGAUCUGAUGAACUGUGAAAAAUAAACAGAAAAGCUUU